AUGCCCUCUACAGUUAUGUCAUCUAACAGUGACAUGAACGCUUCAGUCCCGUCAACCAACAGUGCUGCUUCCACCUAUACCGCAAGUUCAGGACAGGAUUCAAGCUCCAUAGUACCUAUUACUAGCGCAGCAUCAACCUACAUCGGUGGCUCAAACCCUUUAUCAUCUAAUGUCACUAUCAUGUCCGCGACACUUAUGCCAUCGAACACUGGUGGCUCCGGAGCAACGGCCAGUUUAAGUGAGGAUUCAAGUACAGCGUCUGGAAUUACCAACCCGGCAUCAACCAACGUCGCUAUCACGAACACUUUGCCAUCUAGCAGCAGUGCCAUGCCCUCGUCAGUUAUUUCGUCGAACAGUGCUGCUUCCGCCUCUGCCGCAAGUUUAGGCCAGGAUUCCAGCUCCAUGGCACCCUUUAGUGCUACAGUUAUGUCGUCCAACAGUGCCGGUUCGGCAUCAACCGCAAGUUUUAGUCAGGAUUCAAGUUCAGCGUCAGGUAUUACCAACCCGGCAUCAACCAACGUCGCUAUCACGAACACUUUGCCAUCCAGCAAUAGUGGAUUCAGUUAUUCAGUUAUUUCAUCGAACAGUGCUGCUUCCGCUCCUGCCGCAAGUUUAGGCCAGGAAUCAAGCUCAAUAGCACCCAUUACCAGCGCAGGAUCAACCAACGGCGCUGUCACGAACACUUUGCCAUCUAGCAGCACUGCCAUGCCCACUUCAGUUAUUUCCUUGAACAGUGCAGCUUCCGCUUCUGCUCAAAGUUUAGGCCAGGAUUCAAGCUCCAUGGCACCCAUUAGUGCUACAGUUGUGACAGCCACCAGUGGUGGUUUCGGAUCAACCGCAAGUUUAGGCCAGGAUUCAAGUUCAGCGUCUGGAAUUACCAACCCGGCAUCAACCAACGUCGCUAUCACAGACACUUUGCCACCUAGCAGCAGUGCCUUGCCCGCUUCAGUUAUUUCGUCGAACAGUGCAGCUUCCACCUCUGCUCCAAGUUUAGGCCAGGAUUCAAGCUCCAUGGCACCCAUUAGUGCUACAGUUGUGUCAGCCACCAGUGGUGGUUUCGGAUCAACCGCAAGUUUAAGCCAGGAUUCAAGUUCAGCGUCUGGAAUUACCAACCCGGCAUCAACCAACGUCGCUAUCACGAACACUUUGCCAUCUAGCAGCAGUGCCUUGCCCACUUCAGUUAUUUCGUCGAACAGUGCUGCUUCCGCCUCUGCCGCAAGUUUAGGGCAGGAUUCUAGCUCCAUAGCACCCAAUACUGCUACAGUUAUGGCGGCCAACGGUUCCGCAUCACCCGCAAGUUUAAGUCAGGAUUCAAGCUCCGUAGCAGCCAUUACUAGCGCAGGAUCAACCAACGGUGCUGUCACGAACACUUUGCCAUCUAGCAGCAGUGCCAUGCCCGCUUCAGUUAUUUCCUCGAACAGUGUUGCUUCCGCCUCUGCCGGAAGUUUAGGGCAGGAUUCAAGCUCCUUAGCACCCAUUACUGCUACGGCGGCUAACAGUGCCAGUUCCGCAUCACCCGGAAGUUUAAGUCAGGAUUUAAGUUCCGUGUUCGGAAUUAGCAACCCGGCAUCAACUAACGUCGCUAUCACGGACACUUUGCCGCCUAGCAGCAGCGCCUUGCCCGCUUCAGUUAUUUCGUCGAACAGUGCAGCUUCCACCUCUGCUCAAAGUUUAGGCCAGGAUUCAAGUUCAGCGUCUGGAAUUACCAACCCGGCAUCAACCAACGUCGCUAUCACGAACACUUUGCCAUCUAGCAGCAGUGCCUUACCCACUUCAGUUAUUUCGUCGAACCGUGCUGCUUCCGACUCCGCCGCAAGUUUAGGGCAGGAUUCUAGCUCCAUAGCACCCAUUACUGCUACAGUUAUGUCGUCCAACAGUGCCGGUUCGGCAUCAACCGCAAGUUUUAGUCAGGAUUCAAGUUCCGUGUUCGGAAUUAGCAACCCGGCAUCAACCAACGUCGCUAUCACGGACACUUUGCCGCCUAGAAGCAGUGCCUUGCCCGCUUCAGUUAUUUCGUCGAACAGUGCAGCUUCCACCUCUGCU